AUGGCGUCCAUGCUGGUGGUUGUGUACAUGGUCCAGCUAAUUUUACACCACAUAUCUCCAUCAGGUGGAUCAUCACACUGGGUUGUCACCGAGGAUGGUCGAAUCCAAGCCCAGUUGGACACAGUUUUCAAUAUGAAGAGGCCAUAUGAUCUGGUAGCAUUUAUGAGACAGGAAGAAAGAUCAGGAAUGCUGGAUAAAUUAAAGGAAGAACUGCUGUCUCGCAAAGAUGAAAUCGAUAAAAAUGAAGAUCGUGAUACAGGUCUGGAACAGAGGUUUUAUAAAACAGAUCCAGACUGUUUGAUGGCCGUCAAGCCUCUACCAGAGUUUGAUUUAUACAUCAGUACAGUGUUACCUUUAGAAAAUAAAGGCAUACGGCCUGAAGACCAUCUAGAUAUGAAGAGUAAGUUACCGCCAUCAUUAAUGGCUCCAAACUGUGAAUUAAUAGAAGAUCUAUCAUUUAGUAUGGAUGCCUUUGAACAUUUAGAGGGUAUGAAGGACCGCUUGUCCCUCUCUGGUACCCCAGAGUUGGGUCUGAAGAAUGCUAUCACUUACCAAGACAGUGUUGAGGAGUAUGGACAUAGAGUGUAUGAGGCCCUAAAAAAGAACACAACAUCAUGGGUGCUUUAUAAUAUGGCUGCAUUCUUUUGGAGGAUAAAAGGGGAUCCAUAUAUGACAAUAGAGUGUCUUAGAAGAGCUUUAAAUUAUUCUCCAAGGUUGCAUAAAGAUGUAGCAUUAAUUAGCUUGGCUAAUGUACUUCAUCGUGCCAGAUACUCUAAUGAAGCUGCCAUUGUUGUUCAUGCAGCACUUGAUGUGUCAAAGGAACUUAAUGUAAACCACUUCACUCUAGGAAAUAUUUAUGCUGUGAUGGCCGAGUACAAUAAGUCUGUAAUCUGUUUUGAGAAUACUCUGAAGAUCCAGCCAGAUUUCAAAGCUGCUGCAGAGAGAAAGUAUGCAGUGUUGUGUCAUGCCAAGUUAGAGGCUGCUCUAGAGGCACAACACAGGUCUCUCCAGAAAACUCUGAAUGAUUUAAAAGAUUACCAGAAGAAGCAUGAUUAUUGGCAGCAACAAAAUGAGAAGUUGGUGUCAGAGCAGGUGUCUGCCAACAUCAAAAUCAACCAACAUGUUGCUCAUGAGAGUCUCAAAAUGCAGCAAACUAACGUUGAAAUAGGUGAGUUUUGCCAGAUGGUUGACAGAAAUGGGAGACAAGUGUUAAUGUGUACCUGGGGUAAAAAAGCCAUGGAGGAUGAAAUGGACUUCACUGUGUUUGGAGAUUUUGAGCAUGGAAACCUUGUAGACAUUAAUAAAAGAGAGGAAGAGGAAGAAGAAUCUCCCAUUAUUGACUACACCAAACCUGUCCGAGCUCCACUGUAUACCAAUGAAAAAAGACUGGAGGCACCUAAAUACAAUAACCCGGACAGUGAUUGGCCAGCUAAAGAUGAAUGUGAUACUUACGUCCAGAAGGUCCCAGAUCCCCGUAAUCUGUCCACCAUUUAUCUCAGUCCAGAAAACAAAGGAUUUGAGGUAAAAGCCUUGUUGACAGAAGCCCAAAACUUGCUACCAGAGGAUGAGCAUCCCUUACCCUGGUAUCCACCAGUUUGUGUGCCACUUAUGGAGAUUCCAGAGGGUCAGAAGAAAACCUAUGACCACAUCAAGUCUGUCUCUUAUGAAGAGAGAACUAGAAUACCGCUAAAACUCAAUGAUCCGUCCAUGUUUCCUAUCCUUAUUGCCCAUGUUAAUGAUGGGAUUGCAAUAGAAGAAAUAGGACAGAGACUACUGACUGCUUUAAAACAGAAAAUUGGUCCUGGAUGGGUUUUGUACAAUUUGGCUGGACUAUAUUGGAGGAUUAUUGGUAACAACUAUCAGGGUAUUGAGUGUAUCCGGCGCUCACUGUACCUAGUACCAGACGAGUACCGAGAUGUACCACUAAUUAAUCUGGCUAACAUUCUCUACCUGUGGGGGCGGUUUGAAGAUGCUGUCACAGUGAUGAAGGAUGCUUUGGCUGUCAAUGAUUUGGAGCCAGAGUCUCAUUAUUUCUAUGCAAACCUUCUAUGGGCAACUAAGAACUACACAGGAGCUGUAAAGCAUUAUGAAAAAUCCCUGGACAUCCUACCAGAAAGUCAGGACACCUUUAAUAAUCUUCGAGCCAUUAGAUGCUACUUGAAAUUUCACCAUGCAGCUCAGAGUGCUGUUGCAGCCAAGCAGACAAAAAACCAGGGCUGUAUGUCCAGAAACAAAGGUGGUGGAUCCAACGGAAACCAGGAAACAGAGAGUAGAGUCAUCUGUAAAAAUGAGAAUGGGGAAGAGAAGUGUGUAAUAGAGACAAGGAGUCGUACAAAAUCCGGGGAGUGUAAUGGCCACUGUACUCAAACCUGUACAGUCACACCAAUCAAGUUUGACAGCUGUAAUGGGGAGGAGCCUAUGGCAGGUAGUACAUGUUCCCAGAAAGGACCAACCCAGCCUUUCCCAAACAGUGCAGAUGAACCUAACUUGGGAGGUGAUUUUUCUGAUCGGCUUGAUGACGUCAGUGAACACUUCAUGUCAAAGGGUGUUUGUGAAGGGGAGGAGUGUAGACAGCUCAAAGUACAGUGUACUGUUCCAGUAGUGACAGGAACUGGGACCAUUAGCUACAUGAGCACCUUACCUAAAUACCUGACCCGUCCAAUAUAUGCUUACAAAAAAUUCCCGCAUGGUGGACAGCGUCCUCACAUCAAGUUGGAGGUGGAGAAUGGAGUCCUGCAUCAGAAGCUGAUCUUUGCUCAGUCUGUGGAGGAACUUUAUGUGGAACCCCAUGAAUGUGUUAUUUUUAAUGAUGGAAUGAAAUCCAGUGGAUGCAGCAGGCCUGAAUAUAAAAACUAUUUGCACAGCAUCAUUACCAACAAAAUCGACUAUGAGCAAGUAGAGCUUAUUCUGAUGGAGCACCUAAAUGCCCAAAAUGACCCAAAACACCAGUCCAAGUGUUCAGGAAAAACACAGAGUUGUAGCUGUUCUGAAACUGCUUCAUCUGAUGUCAAACCCCCGAAAGGCCCAGUGGUAGAGAAGAUUGAAAAAGUGACCUUGACCUGGGGUAGUGAGGAUGCAAACCCCAACAAACCAGACGUGUCUGAUGGGAAGGAACAAGAGAUUGCCCCGGUGGAACAGCUGCCAGACAGCGAAUUACCAGAUACCACACACCACAUUGGUAGGAGGUACCAUAUUGCCAUGCCUUCCCUAGAGGAAUGCCAGAAUAUGCCUAAAAUGGAUUUUACUGAGUUCACCAGCACUUUCCUUUGUGUGUCUGCUAAAGGCGUAGAUUUGAGGAAGCAUAUAGAUUUUGAGACUGUGAUCAAGAGACACCUGGAGGAGCCCAUCUGUAUGACAGACUUCUACAGUGUCCUAGAACUGGACAUGUUACCCGGGAUCGUGAACAAGCUCCAUCUUAACUAUCACCCUGAGAGUGUACUCAAGGAGGUCUUGCAGAAACUGGGGGGUGAGAAACAACCAGUGGAGGUUAUGGGGACAAGGAUCGCACAGGCUUUAAAAAAAAACAUGACAUCUUGGGUACUGGCUAGUACGGCAGCUUUAUAUUGGAGAGUGGAGGGGGAUGCUAAACGUGCCAUAGACUGUCUCCGGCUGGCUCUGACGACAGCCCCAAAGGAUGUACAGGAUACUGCUUUGAUAAGUGUUGCCAACAUCUUACACAGGUCUGGCUAUUUGAAUGAUGCCAUUGUGGCUACAAACAUGGCCCUAGAUGUACCAGUCAAACUAGUAGUCAGCCAUUUCACAAUGGCCAAUCUGUAUGCAGCAAAAGGUCAGUGGGAUAAGGCCACCAUGUUUUAUGAGUCAACAUUAGGACUUCAGUCUUCCUUCGAGGCAGCUAAACAGAGACUGAAGAGAAUUAAAUGUCGAUUUGUGAUGCAGAGACCAGAGAACCAAUCGGGGAAGAUUCACAGACCCUGAACAGCGAGAGGGAUAUAGCAAUUUAAAACCUUACCAUUAAUUACAGGGUUUUCAGUUUUACAAGUGUUUUAGUUGAAGAAAGUCCCAUUUUUUGUUUACAUUGUUUUGGUUUGUAUUGGCAAGAGUAAAGUUCCAAGGAUUUUAAUCUGACUUCAUUGGGAUAAUAUGCAGAAAAGUAGCUGUCUUACAUUCAUUUGGUUGUACAGAGUGUUUGAAAAACCUGUUGAACAAGUGUCAGAAUAAUUUUCUUUGAGCUUUGGAAAGCUGGACUUGUAUUUGCCAUAUUGCUUUUAUUGAUAUAUUAAAGUUUCAAAAAGGUGCUUAUUAUUACAUACAUUGCAGCUGAAAUAGUGAUAUUUGAAAUACAGUUGUGAUGUUUUUGAUCUCAUUAAUUGCAUAUGUGUGUGUUGUAUACAAGUGUUGUAUACAUGUGUUGUAUACAUGUGUUGUAGAUAUGUAACUGAGUUAUUUAAUCAUGUGAAUGAUAAUUUGAUUAGACAGGAAAAUACUUCUAUAUAAUUUUUUUCAAAAAUCAUGCAGAAUUUUAAACUGAAUUGAUAGUUCUGAUAGAGGGUUUUUAUUUUAGAUUAGUUCGAAAUCUAUUUGUAAGGAAGGAGAAGGGAAAAGAAAUUGAGGAAUUUCCCAACUUUUUCUGAGGAUGGGCUUGGUGUCUGGCAACAAAUUAUUAGAUUUUUUUGGAUCAUGUCUCCUCCUCCUAUACUUUAUUAACUCUUUAUUAAAGGAGACUACUCCAAGGAAUGUAUGCUUUGAUUAUUCAUGUUAAAAAUUACUUCCGUAAUUCACGUUUGACUAUUGACUUUAAUGUACUUAAUACUCUAGCAGUAAUUAUGUUUAGCCCUGUUGGUAAUGGGCCAUGACAAUGCUCCAUCAAUCUUUUAUGAUAUGCAAGUCCUAUGCUUACCACACAUUCUACUCAUUUUCAUUCUUACUUCAUUUUCAUGCCUUUCUGGUACUGUGAAACCUUAGUCAGUCCUUAGAUUUUAUCUUCUAAUGUUUGAUAGCAUUACAUCCUCUGAAUUUUUUAGUGAUGAAAAGUUUUCCAAUAUUCAGUACAUAUAUUAAUUUUUUGGGGUGUCCCAGGAUAAAAACAAACUAGGUCUACAUUGUUUUUGGUUUUCCUAAUCAUUUACACUGAAUUCUUGGCCACUUUCUUUGAACAACACAUUUCAUUUGUAUUCUCUAAACACCUAUGAAAUGUUGUAAAAAAAAUUAUAUGUAUAAUUUAAAGAAAACUGUUUCAGGGGUUUACACUGUCAAAUACAUAUGCACUUCUUUGAAAUUAAGGAAAAAAAUUAUGCUUACAAAAACUACAUUAUGGUUAAAAGGAACUCUAUGUAGAUGGUAGAUAUAAGCAAGUAAAUUUAUAGUAAUGUAUACAGAAACUUUCAGUGUAUAAGGGUCUGCAACGGCAAUUUUCAAUUUUCAUGUACAUCAAGGUUGUCAUGUUUCAUUUUGACUGGUUGUCAUCUUUCAUAAUUAUACAUUGACACAAUCAGUUUACGUUACUCUUGCGAAGACAGUAAUUCAUUGUUCAUGUGUUCUAGAACUUUAUCAAGUGAAAAUUCUGUAAUCAUCAUUACUUAUUUUUUUUUUUAAUUUUAUAAUACUUUUCAGGAUUAACAGAUUACUUUUUGUUCAAGUUUUCAUCAUUGUAUUAUGGAUCAUAUUGCUUGAAAUAUUGACAAAGCAUAAUACCUGUAUUUACUUCUGUGUCAGCCUUGCAAUUGAGUUAAGCGUAUAAUGAAUAAUACACAACCUUACUAUGUUACAUGUAUGAUUGUUUAAUGAUUACAAUUGUGUCAUAAAUUAUCUCUAUUGCUCUAUCUGUAACAGCAAGGAGGAAGUUAAAAUUGUGACUGAACUUUUGCAAUUAAAAGCAAGAAUGCA